AUGGGAGCGUCUAUAGUCUCUUCCAUCAUUCUCAUUCUUUUUGUAAUAACAUUUUCACAUUUUGCUGAUGCCGCCCAUAUAGAACACCGCAAACUAAGUCGAGCAAAAGAGACAAUAACAAUGAGGAGGAACUUGGAAGGCAAUGGGGGUUCCAACAUUAAAGUCUCACGGAGCACGUCACGGCACAGUGGACAGAAAAUCACUGAGAAGCAGCCGUCCAAAACACUCCCUGAUCACGCAAGCCACCAAGAGAUACCUACAAAGUAUGUCAUUUGUAGAAGUGUAAAUACAACGUGUUAA